AUGAAGGACGAGAACGGCUGGGAGAGAAAAAGCAGAGGAGAUGGCCAUAAUGGAGCGGAGGCGCGGUCGCUGUGUUGGGAGCGUGUGAGGCGGCGGAGCAGCGCACGGUGUCGCUGCAGGCUCAGGAACGGCGUGUGGGCGGCUCCGCCCCGGUGCGGCGGAGAGCCCGGCUGUGAGCGCGGGGGGGCGGCGCGGGCCGGGCAGCAGAGCCGCUGCGUCCGGGCGGCGGCGGGGAGCCGUGCGGGGCCCGUGCCGGGGCCGGCAGGCAGAGCGGCGGCGGCGGCGGCGUCAGGGAUGGGCGAGCGGCGGUGCGCGUUGUUGGUGCGGGUGCUGGUGCUGCAGGCGGCCUGGGCGGUGGCGGGCGGGCAGGUGCGCUACUCGGUGCCGGAGGAAGCGAAGGCCGGCACGGUGCUGGGCCGUCUGGCGCAGGACCUGGGCCUGGAGGCGGGCGAGGCGGAGGCGCGGCGGCUGCGGCUGGUGGCGCAGGGCCGGCGGGCGAGCGUGGAGGUGAGCGGGGCGAGCGGCGCGCUGGUGCUGAGCUCGCGGCUCGACCGGGAGGAGCUGUGCGGCAAGAGCGCGCCGUGCGCGCUGCGCCUGGAGGUGCUGGUGGAGCGGCCGCUGCGCGUGUUCCAUGUGGAGCUGGAGGUCACCGACAUCAACGACAAUGCCCCCGUCUUCCCUGCCUCCAGCAGAAACCUCAGCAUCGCGGAAUUCACCACUCUGCCGGGGUCUCGUUUCCCGCUGGAGGGCGCGUCGGAUGCGGAUAUCGGAGUGAACGCUCAGCUCACCUACACUCUCAGUCCCAGCGAGCAUUUUACACUCGAUGUUAAAUCGUCUGAUGAAAACAGGAAGUCUCUGUUUCUGGUGCUCGCAAAGCCUUUAGACCGGGAGACGAUUCCCGUUCACCGGUUGGUUCUGACAGCGAGUGACGGGGGCCGGCCGUCACUGACAGGGACAAUGGAGCUGCUGAUCUCAGUGCUGGAUGCGAAUGAUAACGCACCCCAGUUCAACCAGUCGGUAUAUAAAGUGCAGCUACCGGAGAAUGCUACAGAGGGGACACUUGUAGUGCGCGUGAAUGCCACGGAUCCGGACGAAGGAAGCAAUAAAGAGUUUUCUUAUAGCAUCUUGAGGUCAAGUCCCGUCGGUAACAAAGAACUCUUUACCAUUGACACCAAGACAGGCGAGAUCAGACUCAUGGGUACCCUGGAUUUCGAAAAUGUCCGUUUACACGAAUUGCAAAUCGAAGCGACAGAUAAAGGGACACCCCCGCUGUCGGGUCACUGCAGCGUGGAGCUGGAGGUGCUGGACGUGAACGACAACGCGCCGGAGGUGUGGGUGACGUCGCUGUCGGUGCCGGUGUCGGAGGACGCGUCGGUGGGGACGGUGGUGGCCCUGCUGAGCGUGUCGGACCGGGACUCGGGGGCGAACGGUCGUGUGCGGUGCUGGGUGUGGCCGGCGUCGCCGUUCGGUCUGGAGGCGACGUUCGCGGGCUCGUACUCGCUGGUGCUGCGCGAGGCGCUGGACCGGGAGCGGGUGUCGGAGUACGAGGUGGAGGUGCGUGCGGAGGACGGCGGGGCGCCGGCGCUGCGCGCCAGCCGCGGGCUGCGGGUGCCGGUGUCGGACGUGAACGACAACGCGCCGGCGUUCGCGCAGGCCGUGUACACGGUGCUGGCGCGGGAGAACAACGCGGCGGGCGCGGAGCUGGCGCGGCUGUGGGCGCGGGACCCGGACGAGGCGGGCAACGGGCGCGUGAGCUACUCGGUGUGGGAGGGCGGCGCGGCGGCGGUGUCGCCGUCGGGGGCGGCGGGCGGCGGGUGGCGGCCGGCGUCGAGCUACGUGUCGGUGGACGCGGAGAGCGGGCGCGUGUGGGCGCUGCAGCCCUUGGACUACGAGGAGCUGCAGGUGCUGCAGUUCGAGGUGCGCGCGGUGGACGCGGGGGAGCCGCCGCUGUGCGGCAACGCCACGGUGCAGCUGUUCGUGCUGGACGAGAACGACAACGCUCCGGCGCUGCUGCCGCCCGCGGGCUCGGCACCGGAGGCGGGCGGCGUGGCGGCCGAGGCGGCGGAGCUGGGGGCGGUCUCGGUCUCGGGCACGCUGUGGGCGUGGGCGGCGUGGGGGGCGCCGGCGGGGCAGGUGGUGGCGAAGAUCCGCGCCGUGGACGCCGACUCGGGCUACAACGCGUGGCUGCGCUACGAGCUGUGGGAGCCGCGGGGCAAGGGCCCGUUCCGCGUGGGGCUCUACAGCGGCGAGGUGAGCACGGCGCGGGCGCUGGACGAGGCGGACGGCCCUCGCCAGAGGCUGCUGAUCGUCGUGCGCGACCACGGCGAGCCGGCGCGCUCGGCCACGGCCACGCUCAGCGUGUCGCUGGUGGAGGCGGCCGAGGCGGCGCUGGCCGCGGGAUCCUCGUCGUCUUUGUCGUCGUUGUCGCGGGCGGCGGGUGCGGGCGCGGAGCUGGGCGCCGGGGCGGCGAGCGCGGCGACGAACGUGUGGCUGGUGGUGGCGAUCUGCGCCGUGUCGAGCCUGUUCCUGCUGGCCGUGGUGCUGUACGGGGCGUCGCGCUGGGCGCCGCGGGCGGCCGUGCUGUCGGGGCCCGGGCCCACGACGCUGGUGUGCGCCAGCGAAGUGGGCAGCUGGUCGUACUCGCAGCGCCACAGCCGCAGCCUGUGCGUGGCGGACGGCGCGGGCAAGAGCGACCUCAUGGUUUUCAGCCCCAACUUCCCUCCGCCGCCGCCGCCGCCUGGCCCCGCGGCCAAGGACACGCAGCCGGAGCCGUCCGCUCUCCUCGACACGGUCAGUGGCACUGCCUUUCUUGCUCUGCCCCCUCUUACCCUUCCCCUUGACAGUUUCUGUCUGGAGCCGGACUCCGCCCUCGUUGCUCAGGGGCGGUCCGUGUUCUAUCGUCGUUUACCCUUUGACUGCCGGUUUCAUUGUCUCCCUUCUUCAUGCUGCGUAAUGUGUUACGUCGCAGCAGGUUUUUUUAUGCCACUCUGGUCUCUCUUCCACUUAUCGUGUUUAGAAGGGGAGCACUGA